UUCGGGAUCCACAACUACAAGGUUCCCACCUUCUGCGACCACUGCGGCUCCUUGCUCUGGGGCCUCUUGCGGCAGGGUUUGCAGUGCAAAGUCUGCAAGAUGAACGUUCACCGGCGCUGCGAGACCAACGUGGCUCCCAACUGUGGCGUGGACGCCAGGGGCAUUGCCAAAGUGCUGGCUGACCUGGGCGUCACUCCAGACAAAAUCACCAACAGUGGCCAGAGGAGGAAAAAGCUCAUUGCUGGUGCUGAGUCCCCGCAGCCUGCCUCUGGAAGCUCACCGUCUGAGGAAGAUCGAUCGAGGUCGGCCCCCACCUCCCCUUGUGACCAAGAAAUAAAAGAACUUGAAAACAACAUCCGGAAGGCCUUGUCAUUUGACAACCGAGGGGAGGAGCACAGGGCAGCAGCAUCCACCGACGGCCAGCUGGCGAGCCCGGGCGAGAAUGGUGAAGUCCGGCAAGGCCAGGCCAAGCGCUUGGGCCUGGAUGAGUUCACCUUCAUCAAGGUGUUGGGCAAAGGCAGCUUCGGCAAGGUCAUGUUGGCGGAGCGCAAAGGCAAAGAUGAAGUGUAUGCUGUGAAGGUCCUAAAGAAGGAUGUCAUCCUUCAGGACGAUGACGUAGACUGCACGAUGACAGAGAAGAGGAUUCUGGCUCUGGCGCGGAAACACCCGUACCUAACCCAGCUCUACUGCUGCUUCCAGACCAAGGACCGCCUCUUUUUCGUCAUGGAGUAUGUAAACGGUGGAGACCUCAUGUUCCAGAUUCAGCGGUCCCGAAAAUUCGACGAGCCUCGUUCCCGGUUCUACGCUGCGGAGGUUACGUCAGCCCUCAUGUUCCUCCACCAACAUGGAGUCAUCUACAGGGAUUUGAAACUGGACAACAUCCUUCUGGAUGCAGAAGGUCAUUGCAAGCUGGCUGACUUCGGAAUGUGCAAGGAAGGGAUUCUGAACGGUGUGACGACCACCACGUUCUGCGGGACUCCUGACUACAUCGCUCCCGAGAUCCUGCAGGAGUUGGAGUAUGGCCCCUCGGUGGACUGGUGGGCCCUAGGGGUGCUGAUGUACGAGAUGAUGGCUGGUCAGCCCCCCUUCGAGGCCGACAACGAGGAUGAUCUGUUUGAGUCCAUCCUCCAUGACGACGUGCUCUACCCGGUCUGGCUCAGCAAGGAGGCCGUCAGCAUCCUGAAAGCUUUCAUGACCAAGAACCCUCACAAGCGCCUGGGCUGUGUGGCGGCACAGAACGGCGAGGAUGCCAUCAAGCAGCACCCGUUCUUCAAGGAGAUCGACUGGCUGCUCCUGGAGCAAAAGAAGGUCAAGCCGCCCUUCAAACCUCGAAUUAAAACCAAAAGAGACGUCAAUAAUUUUGACCAAGACUUUACCCGGGAAGAGCCGGUACUCACGCUCGUGGACGAAGCGAUUGUGAAGCAGAUCAACCAGGAGGAAUUCAAAGGCUUCUCCUACUUUGGUGAAGACCUGAUGCCCUGA